CUAAGGGAGAAUUAGAAGAGGAAAGGAGCAAAAUGUUGAUGAGAAGGAAAACAAAGGAAAGAUUGAAGGGCAGAGAGAAGAUGGAUAGAUGAAAGAGAAAAACUAAUGAAGAGGAAAAGAGGCAAAAAAAUGGUUUGAAGUGCAAGAUGGAAGGUGAAAAUGAGAAGGGAAUUUUUAAAAAAUGUACAAAAUCAGAGAGUCAGAACAGAUGCAUCUGUAAGGUCUUUAAGAUAGAGGUGCUGAUGAGUGGAAGAAAACAUUUUGUCGAAAAGAGGUAUAGUGAAUUUCAUGCCCUCCAUAAAAAGCUCAAGAGGUUUAUUAGAACGCCAGAAAUCCCUUCCAAGCAUGUCAGGAACUGGGUCCCUAAGGUCCUGGAGCAGCGGCGACAAGGCUUGGAAAUGUACUUACAGACUAUCAUUUUAGAAAAUGAAGAUCUCCCCAAAAUAUUUCUAGACUUCCUGAAUGUUCGGCAUGUCCCUUCUCUGCCAAAGGCGGAAAGUUAUGGUUCUUUUGAUGAAACAGAAUCUGAAGAAUCAAGCAAACUGUCCCACCAGCCUGUGCUGCUGUUCCUAAGGGAUCCAUAUGUCUUGCCUGCAGCCAACGAUGACUUUCCAAAUGUAGUUAUUGAAGGAGUUCUCCAUGGGAUAUUUUAUCCUCAUCUACUGCCCAGGUAGAAGUGGUGUGUGGAUAGAAGAAAUUAAAGCAAGUCGUGUCAAGGAAAUUGACAUAACAAAAUUCUGUGGCGUGAUACCAAUUCUAAGAGGCAAAAGUCACCACCUUAGUUUAAUUUAAUAUGUUAUAGCUUUUAAAAUCAGUGUCACUACAGUUUGUGCUUUAAAAAAAAAAGAUAAGCUGAAAACCUUUGUUUCCAUAUUUAAACUAAUGUAUAUACAUACUCUAAUAUUUAAUACUAAAGGAUAACAGUCAUACACUGAAUUACACUAAUCUUGGAACAGAAUUAAAAGCUUUACUAAUGUUGCUUGGUUUUUUAUUACAAAUUACACUAAUCCUUUUUUACAUCAGGAUAGUCCCAGUGCAUUACCCAUUGCUGGCAAUGAAUGCAUUGAAAGUGCUGGCACUGAAGACAGUAAGAGAGAUACUACAAACUAAUUUUAAAAAAUGCAGUUGCUUAACUGGAAAUUAAAUGCAACUUUAAAGUAUUGUACUAGUAUUCUAAAGGUAAAUAUUUCAAAUCUACACCUUAAUGUUUAGGUAGAACAGUGUCAAGUUCUGUGUGAGAGGAGGAUGUUGGUUGUAGAGAACUCCUAUGGCAUUCUAACAACCUGACGUUUGGCAUGACAUUUAUGGUAACAACCUCAUUCAGUUGUUACUUCUAGUGUGUGUUUAAUUUCCAAGCCAAUUUACACUGUGUGUGUAAUAUCUUAUAUUUUGCGAACCACAGUUUACACCACUUUUUGGUGAGGUCAAGCAAGGAUAUAAUUUACUACUAAAAUAACUAAAAAUUGAUUAUGUGUUCAGAUGAACUUGAAAUUUGUUAUGUCCAUUACUGGAUAUUGCACUGUAAAAUAAACUACUAGAACAUGCACACAGGAGCAUAUGAACUGUGAAUGUAUCAUUUGUACUCAUUUCUAGUCUAAUUGGUAAAUUUCAAAGCUUCUUACUACAGCUUCCC